CCACGGUUUGCACGUACAGAUUUGCGCCGCCUGCAAAGCCAAAAAGAUGGCCAUGAAUGCCCUGGGGUCAAGAAGGUCAAGAUGUCGAGCGCUGCUGAAGGCCGGCAGCUUGAUUUGGCGGCCACCCUGAAUGAGGUGCUGUGCCUCUGCUCGCUGAGCUUCCAGGUUGCGUUCCUGGACCGGCGCGGCGAGGGAGAGGCCAGUGAUGUGGCGCUCGGCAGCUCGCCGCGCCUGGCGGCGUCGGCCGGAAUGGCGCUGGCGACACUGGUGGCGCUGCCGGCCGUGACCGUGGGGCCGCUGCUGGUGGUGCCUUGCGGCUUCGUGGGCCUCUUCCUUGAGCUGGCCAUGCUCCUGAGGCAGAGCUGGUCCUUUUGCGUGCUGGCGGGAGCUCUUGGCCUCCCCGUGGGGCAUGGCCUGCUGCUUAUCCCUAGUGUCGCUUUCCAGUACCUCCUGCCCGCGCUGCUGGGCCCAGCGACAGGCCUGGGCCUGGCAGCGUUGCUGGGGGGUGCUCCUGCGGCGCAGAUGUGCCUGCCCCAAGUGCUGCUGCUCCUCGUGGUGCACGGCGCUUGCAUGCUGCGAGUGCUGAAGGUGGGCAACUGGAAGUGAGACAGAGGA